AAACCUUAAUUCAUGCUGGGAAGAUGGAAGUGAACAGCAUCCAAAUCCAACCAUUUUCCCACGUUUCUUGUCCUGACAAUCAUGGGUUUCCUUUUUCCUUUCACAAUCUUCCAUAUCCAAGGAGAUUCACCACUGCUACUGUCAAAAAGCAAGCAUCUUUUGUUCCUGAGGUGUGUAAAAGAUACAGCCUCCUUUUGGGGCCUGGUAGUUUGGGUUUCCUUAGAAGUAGAAGUACAAUUAGGUGCUCGGUGAGGGAAGUAGAAGAGGAGCAGAAGCAGCAAGUGGUGGUGAAGAGGGCAUACCCGUUUCAUGAAAUUGAGCCCAAAUGGCAGCGUUAUUGGGAGGAGAAUCGCACUUUUCGUACCCCAGAUGACAUUGACACCUCUAAACCCAAGUUCUACGUCCUUGACAUGUUCCCUUAUCCCAGUGGAGCUGGGUUGCAUGUUGGGCAUCCACUGGGGUAUACUGCCACUGAUAUCCUUGCGAGGUUGAAACGCAUGCAGGGUUACAAUGUCUUGCAUCCUAUGGGUUGGGAUGCUUUUGGACUGCCUGCUGAGCAGUAUGCAAUCGAGACAGGAACUCACCCCAAACUGACAACAUUGAGGAACAUUAAUCGCUUUCGGUCCCAGCUUAAAUCAUUGGGUUUCUCAUAUGACUGGGAUCGGGAAAUAUCUACCGCUGAACCAGACUACUAUAAAUGGACCCAAUGGAUCUUUCUUCAACUAUUAAAGAGGGGGUUGGCCUAUCAGGCUGAAGUGCCAGUCAAUUGGUGCCCAGCUCUUGGUACUGUCUUGGCAAAUGAGGAGGUUGUGGAUGGUGUGAGUGAGCGGGGAGGUCAUCCUGUUAUAAGAAAGCCAAUGUGGCAAUGGAUGCUGAAAAUUACUGCUUAUGCUGAUCGCCUUCUUGAAGAUUUAGAUGAGCUUGACUGGCCUGAAAGCAUAAAGGAAAUGCAAAGAAACUGGAUAGGGAGGUCUGAGGGGGCCGAGAUGGACUUUUGUGUUAUUGACAGUGAUGGAAGGGAAAUGGACUUAAAAAUUACGGUUUAUACUACCAGGCCUGAUACAAUCUUUGGAGCAACCUAUUUAGUUAUGGCACCAGAGCAUUUCUUGCUGUCAUCCUUCACAUCCACAGAACAUAGAAAAUAUGUAGAGGAGUACAAAGACCUAGCCUCGAGAAAGAGUGAUCUUGAGAGAACUGAGCUUCAGAAGGAAAAAACCGGAGUCUUUAGUGGUUGUUAUGCAAGAAAUCCAGCAAGUGGAGAAUCAAUCCCAAUAUGGGUUGCAGAUUAUGUCUUGGGGAGUUAUGGAACAGGAGCAAUUAUGGCUGUACCAGCACAUGAUACUCGUGACUAUGAGUUUGCAUUGAAGUAUAACAUUCCAAUCAAGUGGGUUGUGAAACCAGAUGACAAAAGUUGCAAUGAGUCUGGAAUGGCAUAUUCAGGUGAAGGCAUCGUGGAAAAUUCAUCAAAUUCAACAGUGGGACUGGACAUAAAUGGUGUGUCUAGUAAAGAAGCUGCCUGCAAAGUUAUUGAGUGGGCUGAGAAGACUGGAAAUGGGAAGAAAAAGGUGAAUUACAAGUUGAGGGACUGGCUUUUUGCUCGGCAACGAUAUUGGGGAGAACCUAUCCCAGUCAUCUUCCUGGAUGAUAAUGGUGAGAGUGCUCCAGUUCUUGAAACUGAACUGCCUCUUACCUUACCUGAAUUAGACGAUUUUACUCCAACUGGAACAGGGGAACCACCACUAUCAAAAGCAGUAUCCUGGGUUAAAACCAUAGAUCCUUUAUCUGGGAAGCCUGCUAGACGUGAGACAAGCACUAUGCCACAAUGGGCCGGUUCUUGCUGGUACUAUUUGAGAUUCAUGGACCCCAAAAAUCCCAAAGAGUUGGUCGACAAGGAAAAAGAAGUGUAUUGGAGCCCAGUUGAUGUAUAUGUUGGUGGUGCUGAGCAUGCUGUUCUCCACUUACUUUACUCUAGGUUCUGGCACAAGGUUCUUUAUGAUAUUGGUGUUGUGUCGACCAAAGAGCCCUUCAAGUGUGUCAUCAACCAGGGAAUUAUUCUUGGGGAAGUUCAAUAUAUGGCCUGCAAAGAUGCAGAUGGAAACUAUAUAUCUGCAGACUCUUCUUAUAUGUUGGGUGAAUCCCUUCAAGAAACAAUUCCUGAGGAAAAAGUUAUGAAGUCUGGGGAGUCUUUUGUACUGAGAGACAAUCCAAACAUUCGUUUGAUUGCUCGUGCUCAUAAAAUGAGCAAAAGUAGGGGAAAUGUUGUCAACCCUGAUGAUGUUGUUUCUGAGUACGGUGCAGAUUCUCUCCGCUUAUAUGAAAUGUUCAUGGGGCCAUUUAGAGACUCAAAAACGUGGAAUACUAGUGGGAUUGAAGGCGUCCAUCGAUUUUUGGGAAGAACUUGGAGGCUUAUUGUUGGCUCACCUUUACCUGAUGGUAAAUUCAAAGGUGGAACUGUGGUUACUGAUGAGAAACCUACUGUGGAACAACUUCGUGCUCUCCAUAAGUGCAUAGCUAAGGUGAGUGAGGAAAUUGAAGGAACACGGUUCAACACUGGAAUUUCUGCAAUGAUGGAGUUCAUUAAUGCAGCUUAUAAGUGGGAUAAACAUCCGAGGUCAGUUAUUGAAGCCUUUGUCUUGUUGCUGUCACCAUAUGCACCCCACAUGGCUGAGGAGCUCUGGCUUCGACUGGGACAUACUGAAUCAUUAGCAUAUGUGCCCUUUCCUAAGGCUGAUCCCACUUACUUGAAGGAAACCACCAUUGUCCUACCAGUUCAAAUAAAUGGCAAAACAAGGGGUACCAUUCAGGUCGAGGAAGGAUGUUCAGAGGAUGAAGCUUUCAUGUUAGCUUCACAAGACGUUAAACUCUCCAAGUAUCUGAACGGACAAUCCAUCAAAAAGAGAAUAUUUGUUCCAGGAAAGAUCCUAAAUGUCAUCUUGGAUCGCCAAAAUGCCAAGGUGGGUAUUCAAUAAUCCGUAUCUGCAGUCCAACACACGAGUCAGUCCGACAAUGCAUGCCACCAAGAGGAAAGAGACACCAUAGCAGCAUCCAGAUUAUUUCUCGUUUUCAAAGGGAGAUGGUUGAGCCUUGAACAGAUCCCUGGUAACCUCCCUCAAAUCAAUGUAUUUUGAGAAACCAGAAGUUUUUCUAUGCAUAUAUAAACAUAGAAAAUGUAUUAUAUACUGUACCAUUGCCAACUAAGUAAACUUAAAAGAUAUGA